UGGUUUCUCGCGCGCCAUGUCAGAUUUAGGAAUGAUAAAGAAUGUAAAGAAUAUAAAGAAUAAAAAAUUAAAAAUAUAAAAAAAAAUAAAAUACGUUUAAAAAAUCCCCGCUCUGACGGAGUAUUCAAAUUCAAGUGCAUAUCAGUUCCCAAUUUUGUGUGGAACCCACGUCACAUACAAACACAAACAAGGGCAAUAAUGUUUGAAUGAAUGACGACAGAGAAUCGCCCAAUCCGAUUUUUCCAAAUAAGAACUUUGCACGCAUACACCGGCAUUGUUUACGUUCGUUUUAGAGUAGCAAAAGAGAAAUUGUUACUACACCACCAGGGAUUGACAGGCUGAUAGGCAGGCAAAGUGAAGAAGAGGAAAGGCGCAAGUAGCGAAAAAGGGUGGUGGUAUUUUUUCGCUUUAUCAAAUCACAAGUGCAGUACAUUUGAAAUAAGAUAAAAGGCUGAACAAUACCAAAAACACAACGUCGCUGAGAGUAUAGAAAUUUCAAUAGGAAAAUGUGUGGAAUAUUUGCUUAUCUCAAUUACUUGACCCCAAAAACACGUCACGAAGUCCUAGAUUUGUUGGUGAAUGGCCUGAAACGUUUGGAAUAUCGUGGAUACGACUCCACAGGUGUGGCCAUAGAUGCUCCAGGAGAGCACAAUGACAUAUUGAUGGUCAAACGCAGUGGUAAAGUCAAAGUCUUGGAAGAUGCCAUACACCAACUAUGUGCCAGUGAAGAAUACACGGAGCCUUUAAGGACACAUGUGGGUAUAGCCCACACUCGUUGGGCAACGCACGGUGUUCCCUCGGAAUUGAAUUCGCAUCCACAAAGAUCUGAUUUGGACAACAGCUUUGUGGUGGUCCACAAUGGCAUUAUAACAAAUUAUAAAGAUGUCAAAACUCUGCUGGAAAAGAGAGGCUACAUAUUUGAAUCGGAUACCGAUACGGAAGUAAUUGCCAAAUUAGUACACCACUUGUGGACGCAACAUCCCUCGUAUACAUUCCGUGAAUUGGUGGAACAGACCAUACAACAGUUGGAGGGAGCCUUUGCAGUGGCAUUUAAAUCACGUCACUUUCCUGGUGAGUGUGUGGCUUCUCGCCGUGGUUCACCAUUGCUGGUGGGCAUAAAAACUAAGACCCGCCUAGCUACCGAUCACAUUCCCAUACUCUAUGCCAAAGAACAUCGUCCCCAUGGCCACAGUGGUAUGCAAUCAAUGUUGCCUGUUGCACGCACCGAAUCCCAUUCCGAAUUUAUGCCUUUGGACGAUACAGAGGUAGAAUAUUUCUUCGCCUCCGAUGCCUCAGCCAUUAUUGAACACACGAAUCGUGUAAUCUAUUUGGAAGAUGAUGAUGUGGCCGCUGUGAAGGAUGGUGCAUUAAGUAUUCAUCGUCUGAAAAGGUCAUUGGAUGAUGCACAUGCUCGAGAAAUUACCACAUUGAAAACAGAAAUUCAGCAAAUAAUGAAAGGUAACUACGACUAUUUUAUGCUGAAGGAAAUCUAUGAGCAACCUGAGUCUGUGGUGAAUACCAUGAGAGGUCGUGUACGCUUCGAUACCCAGGAAGUGGUUUUGGGAGGCAUUAAGGAGUAUAUACCAGAAAUACGCAGAUGUCGACGUCUGAUGUUGAUAGGCUGUGGUACUUCAUACCACAGUGCAGUGGCUACGAGACAACUGCUGGAAGAGCUCACUGAACUGCCAGUAAUGGUGGAAUUGGCAUCUGACUUUUUGGAUCGCAACACACCCAUAUUCCGCGAUGAUGUUUGCUUCUUUAUAUCUCAGUCUGGAGAAACUGCCGACACUUUACUUGCUUUGAGAUACUGUAAACAAAGAGGAGCACUUAUAGUGGGCAUAACCAACACCGUAGGCAGUAGCAUUGGCCGGGAAUCUCAUUGUGGAGUACACAUCAAUGCUGGUCCUGAGAUUGGCGUUGCCUCGACAAAGGCAUAUACUUCCCAGUUUAUCUCGUUGGUUAUGUUUGCUUUGGUAAUGUCUGACGAUCGUUUGUCCUUACAACCGAGACGCCAGGAAAUCAUCAGAGGUCUGUCGAAUUUGGCCGAUCAGAUUCGAAAGGUUUUGGAUUUGGAUACGAAAAUAAGUGAAUUGGCCAAAGAACUAUACAUGCACAAAUCCCUAUUGAUUAUGGGACGUGGUUACAAUUUUGCCACAUGCCUUGAGGGUGCCUUGAAAGUUAAAGAAUUGACAUACAUGCACAGUGAAGGAAUAUUGGCGGGAGAAUUGAAGCAUGGACCAUUAGCUUUGGUCGAUGAUGAAAUGCCGGUUCUCAUGAUUGUUCUUCGUGAUCCGGUGUAUACAAAAUGCAUGAAUGCCUUACAACAAGUCACCUCACGCAAAGGACGUCCCAUUAUUAUUUGCGAAGAAGGCGAUGAAGAAACCAAGUCAUUCUCGUCGAGAAGUUUGGAAAUUCCACGUACUGUCGAUUGUCUCCAGGGUAUUUUAACAGUCAUUCCUAUGCAAUUAUUAUCGUAUCACAUUGCCGUUUUGCGUGGAUGUGACGUUGAUUGUCCACGUAACCUAGCCAAAUCUGUUACCGUUGAAUAAAAUGCGUUUACAAACCAAAUAGAGGACAUUCUUAGCUUUGAUGUUUGUAACCAAAUAAUAGCCGCACCUUGCAUUUCCAAUAUUUAUUUAUUUUUUUUUAAUUUUUCCUAUCCCAUAUUAAAGGGGGAAACAUAUAAUUUUUUUGUCUUAUACUAUAUUGUGAGUGGAUUUUUUAAACUUCUUUUGUUUUUGCUUUAAGUAUAUAAUCAAAAAUAGAUUUGUGCAAUUUAUAAUGUAGUUUAAAACUAUAUAUCAUAUGUAUAGAAAUACUUAAAACGUGUUUUAUAUAGAAUAUGGACUUCAAAUAUAUACAAUUUUAUGCUGAUACUAUA